AUGAUUGAACUCCAGACAUUCAAGGAUUCCACACCUACAACCCAAGUGGUCACCCAAAGAUCAAAAAACAUGGCUCUGUCCAAAUUAAUAAUACCAACAAACCUACAGGCAUGGUUCUACGGAAACAGACUAAUCUUUUUUCCCUUUGUUUCCGCUUUAUACUCACCUUUAAUAUAUUUUUCACUUCUACGCCGCAUCGAAUUUGUUGGGUACACGUCUUCCGAGGAGCCGGGUCCCGAGUGGGGAUCAGAAACAGCACGAGACCACGCUUCUUUGCCGAGUAUACCAACAAGCGAGUAUUUGCACUGCGUUGGUUUUUUUUUUGCACAAGAGUUUGGCCUUUGCCUGUAUAUACCGGAUUUCACUUGGUACUCAUUUGAAACUCUCUAUCCACACGGAGUUUACGCGGUGUCCACACGGCAUUCACUAGGGUCAACAAGCAACAGACUCCAAGUUAUAGGAGCAGGUUAUCCACAGACAUUUGCACGACGCGUUCACUCUCAUUAA